UUCAACAAUUACUGUGAAAUGUGAAAAGUGUAGUUUUAAAACAGAAUUCAAUAAUUCAAAGUUGAUUGGUGAACACAAAAAUGUUCCUGAAUUAAACAGACGAAUUGUUUAUGCUAUGCGAUGCAUUGGUCAAGGUCUGGAACCUCUGGAAACAUUUUGUGGUGUAAUGGAUCUAGGUAAACCUGUCACACAGAAUGCUUAUGACAAAAUCUGCAAACAUAUAAAUGCAGCUUCAAAAACUGUCGCCAUUCAAAGUAUGAAAAUUGCUGCAGAAGAAGAGGCAUGCAAAACUGCAUCAAAUUCUGUCACCGUAAGUGGUGAUGGAACAUGGAAAACGAGAGGACAUACUUCACAUAUUGGAGUAUGUUCUGUAAUAGGUGCUGAAACAGGGAAGGUUUUAGAUGUUGAAGUUCUCUCGUCCACUUGUAAAGGAUGUGAUCUAUGGAAAGCAAAAAAAUCUGGGAAAGCUUUCGAAGAGUGGCAAAUGAAACAUUUGCCAAAUUGUCAGAAAAAUCAUAUCGGUUCUUCAGGAAAAAUGGAAGUCGAUGGUAUGAUAAAAAUUUUUCACAGAUCAGAAGCUGAAAGAGGUCUCAAAUAUAUUAAUUAUAUUGGUGAUGGUGAUUCUAGAACAUUCCCUGCUAUACGUGACAGCAAACCAUAUGAUGAUGAAACUGUUUCAAAACUUGAAUGUGUUGGUCACGUACAAAAAAGAAUGGGAACUCGACUGAGAAAGCUAAAACAAGACUAUAGAUGUAAAAAGCUGGAGGACGGUAAACCUUUAUCAGGCAAAGGACGACUGACAGACACCAUGAUAAAUAGGCUGACUCAGUAUUAUGGAAAUGCAAUUCGCUCAAAUGCUUUGUCAGUUGAUGAAAUGCGUAAGGGUAUUUGGGCAGUUUAUUUUCAUACGAGAUCAACUGAUGCUGAACCGUUACAUACAUUUUGUCCUGCUGGUGCAGACUCAUGGUGUAAAUAUCAACAAGCAGUUUCAAAUGGCUCAGUGGGUAAAUUUCAUCAUAAAGUGACUUUGCCAUCUUCAGUCAUGGAUGUUUAAAACCUGUUUUUAAAG